AUGGUUACAGGUGGUGAAGACGAAAAGAUCGCUCAACGUGUUCUGCGUUUGACAGAUAUUGCCGGAGAACCGAGUGAAUUUCUUAUGCCCAUCAGUGGUUAUGAGAAAAUGCCACUUGUUUCGCUUGAAGAAGCGGUUGAACCACUUGUGUCAAUUUUACCAGUAGUUAAAAGCUACGCACAUGCAGCCAAACAAAAAUGCAAGAAGCCAGCUGAUAAUUUGACACCAGAUGAGUCGGCUUCAAUAAUGCUCUAUUCAAUGGGAUGGGAGCCGCUGGAAGAAUGUCUUUAUUUUGCUUUAAAUGCUACGCUACGGUCAACAAAUCGAGCAAAACUUAAACCGUGGUUUCUCUAUCUUCGGCUGCUUCUCACGGCAUUAUUUCGCCUUUCACCGAUUCCUCCACUCAUUGUGCUUCGAGGUGUCAAAUUAGAUUUGAGCCCACAAUUUCAAAAGGACGAAACGGUUGUAUGGUGGGGCUUUUCUUCAUGCACUACUUCGCUCGAACUUCUCCAAUCAGAAGAAUUUUUAGGUAAACAUGAUACAAGAACAAUGUUCUACAUUCAAUGCCAUUCAGCUAGAGACAUUCGCAAACAUUCGUUUUAUCAAUCUGAAGAUGAACUACUUUUACUCGCGGCUACUGAGUUCAAGGUGAAAGGCAUUCUUGAUCAAGGUCACGGUCUUCGCACUAUUCAGUUACAAGAAAUCCAAUCACCUGAACCAUUACUCAUUCCGCCUCCGCUUACUACCGACUCGACUUAUUCACCUUCGGAAAAAUUCCACAGCCUACAAACGAAUAACGAUGUGACUGUAUCCGAUGUCAAUCAAAUUCAACCUGCUACAAGUAAACCAGAAUGCAGCUCACUACAGCAAGCAGAUGUACCAAUGAAAAUUCCACCGAAGUCUGGUAUGUAUUGGCACAGAGAUGGAUGUGAUUGA